CGGGGAGGGGCGGGGCGGCCAGCCGGUCCCCGCUGGGGGCGGCGCAUGCGCGGGAGCCUCGCCUCCCCGGUUGCUGCGACUUGGAGGCCGAAGAGUCAGAGGAGGAGCCGCCGCCGCCGCCGCCGCCGCGGGAAGGGAGGCCGGCACGCCGCCGCCUUGGGGCAUGGCCGUCAAUGUGUACUCCACAUCGGUGACCAGCGAGAACAUGAGUCGCCACGACAUGCUGUCCUGGGUCAACGACUCCCUGCACCUCCACUACACCAAGGUCGAGCAGCUGUGCUCAGGUGCUGCCUACUGCCAGUUCAUGGACAUGCUGUUCCCAGGCUGCAUCCACCUGAGGAAAGUGAAGUUCCAGGCCAAGCUGGAGCACGAGUAUAUCCACAACUUCAAGGUGCUGCAGGCUGCCUUCAAGAAGAUGGGCGUGGACAAGAUCAUCCCUGUGGAGAGGUUGGUGAAGGGGAAGUUCCAGGACAACUUUGAGUUCAUUCAGUGGUUCAAGAAGUUCUUUGACGCCAACUACGACGGGAAGGACUACAACCCGCUGCUGGCAAGGCAAGGCCAGGAGGUGGCCCCCGCUCCAAACCCAGGUGAUCAGAUCUUCAACAAACCCAAGAAACCCAUUGGCACUGCAGUCCCCCAGAGAACCUCCCCGACGGGCCCCAAGAAUUUGCAGCAUCCGGCUCGGAUGAAUGUUGCUCCCAGCAAUAUUGUCCGGAAGAAUCCUCCUUCCGCCCGGAACGGGGGCAGUGAAGCUGAUGCCCAGAUCCUGGAACUCAACCAGCAGUUGAUGGACCUGAAGCUGACUGUGGAUGGGCUGGAGAAGGAGCGCGACUUCUACUUCAGCAAGCUGCGGGACAUCGAGCUGAUCUGCCAGGAGCAUGAGAGUGAGAACAGCCCCAUCGUUUCCGGCAUCAUCGGCAUCCUGUAUGCCACAGAGGAAGGCUUUGCCCCCCCCGAGGACGACGAGCUGGACGAGCAGCAUCCAGAGGACCAGGAUGAAUACUAGCUGUGCGCAUGCGCGCCCGCUCACUCGCAGUCCCACCGUGACAGACCGCCCCACGCUCCUCACUGACCAUGGACAUUAAAGGUUUUGCGUUGUACAGCCUCGUCCUGCACACACAUUAUCACAGGUUUCUAGCGACAUGAGGGGCCCACGCCGGUUUCUGUACGUUCUGCAGAUUCCGUGGGAAACCCACGAUUACAUGGUAAAUAGCUGUCAAUGAAGAGAGGAGAUCAGCCUGUCAAUAGGCCUGUGGUGGGGCAGGACGCCUGGCUGGGGGCCCCCAGGCUCCUCCCCCUCCAUCCUGUCCUACCCAUCUCAUUUUCCUUAUUUAUUGAUUUUCAGUUGUCUUGGGUGUGAGCGCUCCCGAUCCUUCUUGUAUUAUAUGGAGAGACAAAUUCUUUGUAUAUUUUUCCGUACUGGAUUUCACUCGCACUUUGCCUGUUGUGUUCUUGCUCUGCCCCCCCCACCCCCACCCCCUGACUCCAGAGAGUUUGGGAGCAAGUGAAUCUGGAGAAGGCUGCGGCUCAGUGGGGGGGGGAGGGGUUGGACUUUGAAUAUUUAUUUAUUGGGGGUGGGAUUUUAAUGAUGCUGCUGAGAAUGUGGCUUGUCCAGUUGCUCUGACAUAUCGAGUGGGCUUGAGGGGAGUGAGAGGAACACUGGACUGGGGUGUAUGUGUGUGUGUGUGUGCUCCUUCUCAUGGCUGAGGUGGAUGGAAAUGUGACAACUUUGCUGUUGGGAAGAGAAGGGUGAGUGGCAGGGCCCCCCCCCCCGGUUUGUUUUGUCCCAUAAAAGCCUCUUUGAGUUCCACCCAUUGCACUUGGGACCCACCGCUGGGAGGGGCCCAGGGCUUUGCCCCCCACCCUGGUUCUGGCCCCACUGAGGUUUAGUUCAUGCUGUUCAGACAGGAUUGCCACACAGACUCUGCCUUGACCUGUUCCCUGUUUGCAUUGCCUGUUUGACCACAGACACUGGUGUGCAAAGCCUGCAUCUGUGUUGCGUUUUAUUUAAAAUAAACUUGUGUGGUUACAA